CUUAAAUGACCUCGCUAUGGAGAAUUACACAAGAUAGUUGAAAAAUGCAAUUUGUGCUUCAACUUUCGUGUUCCGCACCGCGCCGCAGAUUGCAAGACCGCUCAAGAUUGCCGAAAAUGUGGUCAACGUCACUACAUGUCCAUCCAUUUUGGAUGCACCAACGAAACCAGCUUCACCGCAGUCUACAUCUUCCGCACAGAUCCGCUUUCCGCUCAAGUAUUGCUAGCUACCGCUUUAGUCCAGGUCCGCCCACAUCAUGGUAAUCCAAUCACCGCCAGAGUGUUGAUUGAUCAAGGUUCAGAGCUCUCAUUUAUGAGACAGUCGCUCUUCAAGAAGCUUGGACAACCGCUACAGCGUGACAUGGUCAUGCUCAAGGGCAUUGGCAAUGUCUCCGCAGGAAGCUCACUAGGUGUGAGCACAAUUGAGCUUCGUUCGUUGGGUACGACCGCAUCAAUGCAUGUCAGCAUGCAUAUUCUACCAACACUGACGGUAGAUCUUCCAUCGUUCGUGAUCGCUGAUCCGAAAUGGCCGCAUCUUGAGAAUCUCAAGCUCGCUGACCCGCAGUAUCUACAGCCACGCCCUGUAGAUAUUAUUCUAGGUGCAUCACCAGCCGCACAGAUCAUGAACGCAGAGAUUCAACGAGGACCUCGCAAUGCUCCUAUUGCACAAUCCACCACGCUUGGUUGGAUUGUCUAUGGAGCUGUCACCGCUAAACACGCUUCAACAUCACACGCAGCACUACAUGCGUCAGUAGAUACUGAAUUACAAGACGCUAUCGCUAAGUUUUGGGAACAGGAAGAAGUUCCAUCAGGAAAUUCACCGCUCAACACCGCUGAAGAAGACGAAUGUGAAAUUCACUUUCGUCAAACGCAUUAUCGACAGCCUGAUGGACGCUACGUAGUGAGAUUACCGCUUAAGGCCCUUGAGAGUCAACUUGGCGACUCUAUCAACGCAGCUAUGGGGUCACUCCGCAGAUUAAUAACUCGCUUGUCGCGAGAAAGAGAAUAUUCUGACAUGUAUCGUGCAUUCAUGGCAGAAUACAUUCAACUAGGACACAUGGUACGAGUACCAGUCAACGAAUUGCCCGCAAACGCUUAUUUCUUGCCUCACCAUGGGGUAUUGAAGCUUGAUAGUGCCACUACGAAGCUCCGCACAGUGUUCAAUGGUUCCUGUGCAACAUCUACAGGAAUUUCAUUGAACGACAUUCUCCACGCAGGACCCAAAACGCAAAUUGACAUUUUUGAUGUGAUGUUGAGAAUCCGUUGCAGCAGGAUUCUAUUCGCUACUGACAUCACCAAGAUGUUCAGACAGAUUGAGGUCGACUCGCUUGAUUGGCCGCUUCAGUGCAUUCUCUGGAUAGAUGAGAAUGACUUAAUAGACGCUUACUGUCUCAAGACAGUCACAUACGGAACCGCUAGUGCACCUUUUGACGCAGUACGUGUGCUUAUCCAACUAGUAAAGGAUGAAGGACACCGCUUUCCGCUAGCUGUUGCUCCAAUGUUGAAAACACGCUACGUAGAUGACAUCUACGGUGGAGCAGACAACGAAGAAGAUGCUAUCAAGGCUGCAGUACAAACAAAAGCUCUGUGUGCAGCAGGCUGCUUCCCGCUUGCCAAAUGGGCUAGCAAUAGCCCACGGUUACUCGCUGAAGUCGCUCCAGAAAAGCAGCUGGAUACACCGCUUAAGGAAAUCAGUGAUGCACCAGUAAAAGUCCUGGGCAUGUACUGGAAUUCACGCACUGACGCUCUCCAGUUCAAGUACACGCUACCGCCAGAGACGCCCAAGACAAAAAGAGCUAUUUUGUCUGAAAUCGCUAAGCUGUAUGAUCCGCCAGGACUUCUCGUACCAAUAGUCGUCAAAGCCAAGAUCUUUAUGCAAGAUCUGUGGCUAGAUAGAGUGUCAUGGGAUGAACAAUUGUCACCAUCACUCAUUCACAAAUGGACUGGAUACCGCGAGGAUCUUCGAAACAUCGAAUCCAUCCGCAUUCCACGCUGGAAUAAUAUAGCACCUGGAGCAACUAUGGAAUUGCACGGGUUCUCAGACGCUUCGCAAAACGCUAUGGCUGCCGCUGUUUAUUUGAGAGUCACUGACGCUGAUGGGAACACAAAGGUCUCACUUCUGUGUUCAAAAACGCAAGUAGCACCGCUGAAGACCAUGACAAUCCCACGCUUGGAAUUAUCUGCCGCAUGGUUGCUAACACAACUGAUACUUCAUGUCACAGAAGUUCAGUCGCUUGAAAAUGUCAGGAUCAAUCUCUGGACUGACUCCGCUGUGACUCUCGCAUGGAUUAAAAGUCCAGCAAUCCGCUGGAAGACAUUCGUCCGCAAUAGAGUGGGAAAAAUCCAAGAAACGCUUCGAGAUGUCUCCUGGAAAUUUAUUCCAGGAAAACAAAACCCCGCUGACUGCGCUUCAAGAGGUAUACCUACGCUAAAACUGAAACAACACGCUCUCUGGUGGCAUGGACCAACUUGGCUUCAUGAACCAGAAUCCUCUUGGCCCACUCUGGAGCCUCCAACCGACAACGCAACGCAUCGAGAAGAACGCCAAGGUCUGACACUAGUAACUUGGAAAGCAGAAAAUUGCCUGCUCCAACAAUUACUGUCGCAUUACACGCAGCUAGAGAUUCACACGCUACAAGAUGGUGAUGGUCUGCCUAAAAAUAACAGCAUCACUAAGCUGACUCCGUUCAUCGACCAUCAGGGGGUCCUGAGAGUCGGUGGCCGCUUGAAAAACGCAUUGCUGGACCCAGAAGAGAGGCAUCCAGCGAUUCUACCGCGACAAUCACCACUUACAUCAAUUUUGAUUGAUGAUUCGCACCGCAAAACGCUUCACGGAGGUACUCAGCUUACGCUCGCUGACUUACGCAAGAGUGUCUGGAUCAUUGGAGGCCGUGUUCCAGUCAGAUCAUUUAUUUUACGCUGCGUUAUCUGCACGAGACACCGUGGAGAACGCGCUCAACAGUUGAUGGGUCAACUACCCACCGCACGAGUACAGCCAACUCGAGCCUUCUUGCAUACAGGACUCGACUACGCUGGACCUAUCACGCUGAAAACGUUUCAAGGACGUGGAGCAAAAACAUACAAAGGCUGGAUUGCAGUCUUUGUAUGCAUGUUCAGAGCAGAUAAAGAGCUGAAACGACUAUUCGCUGCAGGAUCCCUCACAUUACGAGAAUUAUCAACCUUGAUCGCUCAAGAUGGCACGAACUGGAAAUUCAAUCCGCCUGGAGCUCCACAUUUUGGAGGAAAAUGGGAAGCCGCUGUGAAAUCUAUCAAAUUUCACCUUCGAAGAACAAUCGGAGACUCGCUGUUGACGCUUGAGCAAUAUUCAACGCUACUGGCUCAAAUUGAAGCCAUAUUGAAUUCCAGACCGCUCACACCGCUGAAUGAAGAUCCUGCUGACCUGGCUGUACUGACUCCAGGUCACUUCUUAAUCGGACAGUCACUGACCGCUAUCCCAGAGCCAUCGCUGACAGAUUUACAACCUGCUUGGCUCUCGCACUGGGAACAAGUCCAGCAAAUGGUUCAACAUUUCUGGAAACGCUACUACCAGGACUGCAUCCACCGCUACCAGGCCAUUUCAAAGUGGCAUCAUCGACGCAACCAGAUCAAGGUGGGUUUAGUAGUACUGAUCACCACUGAGGAUCUCCCGCCAACCAAGUGGCCAUUAGCCAAAGUAAUUGCUGUCCAUCCAGGUGAAGAUGGACAAAUCCGCGUAGUAACUGUUAAGACAGUUAACACAGAGCUGGUACGUCCAAUUACAAAGCUCUGUGUCCUGCCGCUAACGCAUGAAGAAGAUGAUCUUGUCGACGCAGCCGCCAACCCGGGGGAGAAUGUUCGUGCUGCUAAAAAAAUAUUUGAAUUUUGUUGUAAGAAAGCUGUAGAUGAAGAAAAAAAAGAAAAUGAGAAGCACGAAAGACCUCUUCUUAAUUUUAAAGUAUCUGGUGAUGGAACUUGGAGGAAACGAGGAUUCAAAUCAUUAUUUGGCGUUACAACUCUAAUAGGCUAUUAUACUGGAAAGGUUGUAGAUUUAGUUGUUCGAUACUUUUCCGGUGCCAGUAGUCUAACUUACUAUGAAAAUAGCGAAAAAUUCGGCGUUGAAAUUGAAAACGAAGAUCUUUUAUUAGUUAAAGAUGUCAAUGAGUAUGAGAUUUACUAUGCUAAUCAUUUAAGAGUAAUGUUAGCCAGCAAUGAUGAAGAAGUAAUAACUAAGUUUACGAAUGUAAAGGGUCAGCAAUGUAAUUUUUGGGAUUUCUCAUCAAAGCUUAAACUAACCAAUGGGCUUCUACGAUUGUGCUUACUUACUACAUUGCGAAAAACUAGCAGUACUACCGUAGAUUCAACGGACUUUGCCUUCAUUCGGGAUCGAUUUCAAGUUGCCUAA